AUGUGGGGUUGGUUCGGUGGCGCCGCGGCCCAGAAGCGCAAGGAUACUCCCAAGAAUGCGAUCCUCGGUCUGCGAGCGCAGCUUGAUAUGCUGCAGAAGCGCGAGAGACAUCUCCAGAACCAGAUAGAUGAGCAGGAUGGUAUCGCACGCAAGAACGUGAGCACAAACAAGAAUGCGGCCAAGGCGGCCUUGAGGCGCAAGAAGACACAUGAGCACUCGCUCGACCAAACCGUUUCGCAAAUUGGUACUUUGGAGCAGCAGAUCAACGCCAUCGAGUCGGCCAACAUCAACAAGGAGACACUGGCCGCCAUGAGCGACGCCAACGCGGCAAUGAAACAUAUUCACAAGGGUCUUACAGCGGAUAAGGUGGACGCCAUAAUGGACGAGUUGCGAGAGCAAAACGCCAUGAGCGACGAGAUUGUCAACGCCAUUACCCAAACCCCAAUGGGCGACGCCAUCGAUGACGAUGAGUUGGAGAACGAGCUGGAUGAGCUACAACAGGAGCAGCUUGAUGAGCAGAUGCUCAAGACAGGCACCGUCCCUGUGUCGGAUGCCGUGCAUAAACUGCCCACGCCAGCUUCUGCAGAGCCUGUAUCAAGCAAGAAGCAGGCUGUGGAGGAGGACGAUGAGGAAGCUGAGCUUCGGAAACUACAGGCCGAGAUGGCCAUGUGA